GAGUCAUUUCAGAUCCGGCGAUUUCUGGUUUCAAAAGCUCAAGCUCAAGUUCCAAUGGCGUAAUCGUCAUCACCGUGUGAGAGGCAGGGAGACGAAGAGAAAGAGAAGCUCAGACUUUUUUAUCCUGUCGGUGAGAAGAGAUCCCUCCGCUGCUCGCCUGUUCCUGUCGUAGUCGUCGCUUCCUUAAAGCCUUGGUCUUGUUCAGAUCAAGGAUCCAUUUGCAACCUCAUAUAUGCUUGUUGUGUGGUGGUUUACUGAAAUCAACGCCGAUCUGUUUGGAUUUCGGUGGUUAUGGAGAAGAUCUAGAGGUACUGUUGGUUCCUGGGAUUCUAACUCCAAAUAGGUGAAUUUCUAGAGUCUGAGCCCUUGGUAAUGGCUGUAGUGGUAGAUCUAGAGUGUUGAUGUGUUAGAAAAGGUAGAACUGGAGCGGGUAAAUACUAGUUGACUCGGUGAUAAUAUGAUUGAAACGAUGGUAGUUGUUGCUCAGCAUCGGAAUCAGUACUACGGUAAGGCCGGGGCUCACUGCCCUUCAAGAUUUGACGCAUUUGGAUCACCUCCUUCCAGAGGCUUCAAAGAUAUCAGUUGCCGAAGUUUUCAGUCCGGAGCAGGUUUACUCGCAACUCCGUUAAAGGCUUGUUCUACUGCUGGGGGGAAACGGGGAUGCUCUUCUUCUCUCAAAACUCCGUCGCCCUCUAUUAAGACUCAUUCCGAGGAAUCUAAGCACCAGAAAAGAACUGUGAAGAGCAAUGCAAUUCCCAUUCCCAUUUAUGCGGAGGCUGAACAUAGCAAGGAUGGACUUCUAAACGAUCACUUCUACUCGGAACUUUGGGCCGGACCGGCAUAUUCCAACUCGCCGCCGCCUAGUUCAUUGCCUAUUCCUAAAUUUUCACUCCGUCCAAAGAGGACCGUCUCCCUUGACUUGCCUGCUUCUUCUGCCUCUGAUAUCAAUUUUCGCCCAUUAGCCAAAUCUGCACCCCCUUCUCCAACAAGGGACCAUAGCAAUAGUUCUAGAUAUUUCUUUGAAAGUUCGGCCUCUGCGACAAAGAACUUGCGCCGCAUUCUGAAUCUUGACAUCACAGAUGAAUGAAAGAUGGGAGCAUCCGGCUCGUGUAAAUAAACUGUGUUGCAGACUUGGUCAAUGGUAUAGAGUAUGUAUAGUUAAUAACUUAUUCUGUAAGUCGACUCUCUAGAAGUUUUUUCAGUGCUUUGUAGUGGUGGCAUGUGAGAAGUGAUAACCGGUUGAGCAACAAUCUCCAGACAUUGCAUUGGCAAUUGAUGUGGGAACCACUUGUAAAACUCUGCAGCAGAUGUGGUUGGAGUUAAGGGCUGAUGGAAAUAUUUCAGAAUCAGAGAGAAUUUGAUGGAUGGGUGGUAGAUAUCUGCACUCCCUUAGCCUGGGUUCAUGAACUUGAUUAUCAGUAUCCAUUCAUCUGAAAGAGAAGUUAAAGCUAGUUGAUUGAAGAAGAUAUGGUACUUGGGCUUUAAGUUUAUAUACUCUGUAUAUAUUGUAGAAUCCUGACACCAUUAGUUAUACAACUUCCCUAAGAUUUUGUUUGUUCUUUCUUCUUAUAGACAUCUUUGGUCCUUAAUGGUAACUCCCCUAUUUCGGUCCUGCAGUUUGUGUUCACUUUUAGUUCGGUCUUCCCUGAUCUGGCUUCCUAGACAAUGUUCGUUUUCUUCCUACCUCUUUUUUUAUGUUAAUAUGGCCUGAAUGGGCUACUUUCGCAUGUGUGUCUCAUUGGUCUCGUUUCUUUUCUUCUGUUUUCCUUCUUUUGGGUAGAUGUAGCUCCUAAUCUUCAGGCUGAGAGCGUUUUAUGCUCCCUCACCAUCUUCCUGGUUUUUAAUAUGGAAAGUUGGAAGGAAAGUAGUUUGUUCCCUCACCAUCUUUAGUUCACCCUCACCAACCGCAACAACCCCCCCCCCCCCCCCCCCCCCCAAAAAAAAAAAAAAAAAAAAAACCACACCCAACCCAACCCAAAACGAAAAAAGAGUUAAAAAAAAAAAAAAAAAGGGCAACAACCCUAAGGGCAUAUACUCGUCAUUCACUGUCCAAUUUUAAGCCCCCCUAUUCUAGUUUCGUGUUCAACAGUGUGUCAUGCUAUUCUGUUCAGUCAGCAUGUGUUCUUGAAGGAGGACGGUUGAUUACCGACAAGUGUAGGAAAAGCGAGCAAGCGAGCACAGGAACUUUCCGGUGGUUGUUUCUCAAUCGUGACGUGUUCUGGACUGGCAACCCCCUUGAACUGGGUUAUCUGAAUGCCGUUGUUUUCGUUCAUCUGUGUGCUACCCAAUAAGCAUGUAAUCUACCUUGUGUUUCCAAAGUUGCCAUUGUCUUUACUUGUGUUCUAUAUCGUGCCCAGCCUGCCUUUGGUCUGUUGGAGCCCGAUGCAUAAUGUUGGAUGCUGAGGACGAUGGUAACUGAUAUACUUGUUCCUGCCAUGUUAUAAUGAGACUUCAAUGCAGACGUUUGUGUCUUCUUACCGUGUUA